AAAAAGAUAGGUUAAGGUGGUCACCGUUAUCGCUCCGUCCUACAAGUGAUGGGAGUAGCAACUACGUAAGCUACUUACAGACUCAACUAAAACUUUCAAAUAAUACCAGUGGUUAGCUUUCAUAACAUGCCAGGAAGCCUUUGUCCUCUUUGAUAUAAAGAUACUGUUUUAAGGUAUUUUGAAUGUAUUUGAAGCAUCAUCAAAAGCAAUGUGGCAACACAGCUGCUUCAUUUGUCUACCCAAAAUUGGUGAUGUCAUUCGAUUGUUCAUUGUUCGUUCUGGCUCACUUGUUCUAUGUCAUCUGAAAGAAGGAGAAGGCUGACGUGUUUAGAAAUUUUCAAAUUUUCUUCAAAAUGGAAAAUACGUACAAAAUGUUUAUCCUGGCCUGUUUAAGCCUUUUAUUAGAAUUCUCAAGCGCUUUGUAUUUUCAUAUAGGUGAAACGGAAAGGAAAUGUUUCAUAGAAGAAAUUCCAGAUGAAACAAAUGUUGUGGUUAACUACAAAGUUGAGCUCUAUGACCCUAGAACUGGAGGAUACAUCCCACCUUCAUCAGGGAUAGGCAUGCAUGUUGAAGUAAGAGACCCAGAUGACAAAUCCAUCUUGUCCAGGGUAUACCAAGCUGAAGGAAAGAUUCUUUUUACCUCCCACACUCCAGGAGAACAUGGAAUUUGCAUGUAUUCAAACAGCACUGCCUGGUUCAGUGGCUCGCAGCUUAGGGUGCAUUUAGACAUUCAAGUUGGAGAACAUGCUAUCAACUAUGGAGAGGUAGUACAAAAAGAGAAAUUGACCGAGUUGCAAUUAAGAAUACGGCAAUUGCUGGAUCAGGUAGAACAGAUCAGCAAGGAGCAAAAUUAUCAAAGGUAUCGCGAGGAGAGGUUCAGACAGACCAGCGAAAGCACAAACUCAAGAGUAUUGUGGUGGUCCAUUGCACAAACGGCAGUACUUCUGGUCAUGGGAGCCUGGCAGAUGAGGCAUCUCAAAACCUUCUUUGAGGCUAAAAAGCUGGUGUGAUCUUUGUCUAUAGUAUUUAUUUAUAAUUUGAUUGUGUUUGUUGUGAAGAUGAAGAUGCGAUUUAGUUGUAAAUUUUGGAGUUUAUGUACAAUCCCCUACAUUCGUUUUUUACCGUAAUAAAUUCAAAAAUAAAUCGAAA